AUGGGUUCCGGACAGAGCAUCGCCACAGAAAUCGAGAUCGCGGCACCGCCGGCCACGGUCAGAUCAGUGUUCCUGGACUGGCAACGAUACAGCGAGUGGACCAAGGUCUGGACCAUCAAGCCCAACGAGGACGCCAAGAAGCCCUCGGACCUGACAAAGGGUGACUAUGUCGCCGCCAACUUGAAGGGAUUCGCAUUCAAGCCGGCGAUGGUGGAAAAUACGGAGGAGCUCUUCAAGUGGGACGGCUCGAUCCCGCUUCUCUUCUCUGGCCAGCACUCUUUCUACUUCAAGCCUAGCGACAAGACACCGGGCGGGACUACUUGGGUCCAGGUUGAGGAUUUCAGUGGCCUUUUGGCGUUCCUGAUGAAGCCCGUCUUUGGGUUUACCAAGACGACGUUGAAGAACUGGAGGGAGUUUGAUGAGGAUAUCAAGAAGGAAAGUGAGAGGAUUGCUGUCCAGAAUUAA